AUGGAUUUGGUUGCUGGUGUACGCAAAGAAGGCAGCCGCGGCGGUCGCAAUGAGUUUAAAUGGUCCGACGUCAAGGACUCCGCCCACCGGGAGAACUACCUAGGUCACUCGGUGAUGGCCCCGGUCGGAAGAUGGCAGCAGAAUCGCGAUCUCGCAUGGUACGCAAAAGGCGAUGAAGAUGAGGAGGAACGACUCCGCAAAGAACGAGAAGAAUUACAGCGCGUCAAAGACGCCGAAGAAGAAGCAAUGGCCAUCGCCUUAGGCCUCCCGGUUCCGUCGAAAGCAUCUGAAAACGCAAACAUGAUUCCUCUCGGCGAAGGCGCACACAAGACAGCACCCAAAGAAGAAGAGAUGCCAGAUGCCGGGACGAAGGAGAAAGACCACCGAUCGAGUCGCAGACACAGACAUCGGAGUCGAAGCCCGCGGAAUCGGGAACGAAGACGCGAUCACAGCGAGGAUCGUCAUGAUAAGGAUCGCAGACAUCGGAAAUAUCACGACGAUCGGGAACGCCACCGCGGUCAUCGUCAUAGAUCCCGAUCCCGAUCCCGUGGUAGGGACCACCACAGGCGCCGUGAGGAUUCCCGCUCGAGAAGUCGGCCCAGUAGGAAAGAUGAGGAACAUCAGAGACGUCGACGCUUGGAGAGGAGUUAUUCGCCUGCGCUUAGUCGGCGACAUCCUGAGCGCAGGAGAGAUCGGGAUGAUCGCGAUCGGCGCCAUUGA